GGGCGCGGCGGGGCCAUGGCCUCGCUAGACCUACCGUACCGCUGCCCCCGCUGCGGGGAGCACAAGCGCUUCCGGAGCCUGUCGUCGCUGCGCGCGCACCUGGAGUACAGCCACACGUACGAGACGCUCUACAUCCUCUCCAAGACCAACAGCAUCUGCGAUGGCGCCGCGGCCGCCGCCGCCGCCGCCGCCGCCUCGGGCUUCCCGCUGGCGCCCGAGCCCGCCGCCCUGCUGGCCGUGCCCGGCGCGCGGCGGGAGGUCUUCGAGAGCACGUCCUUCCAGGGCAAGGAGCAGGCGGCCGGGCCGGCGCCCGCAGCGCCGCACCUGCUGCACCACCAUCACCACCACGCACCCCUCGCCCACUUCGCCGGCGACCUGGUACCGGCCAGCCUGCCCUGCGAAGAGCUGGCCGAGCCGGGCCUCGUGCCCGCCGCCGCCGCGCGCUACGCGCUGCGCGAGAUCGAGAUCCCGCUGGGGGAGCUGUUUGCCCGCAAGUCAGUGGCCUCCUCGGCCUGCUCGACGCCGCCCCCCGGGCCGGGCCCCGGGCCCGCCUCCGCCUCGCCUGCGUCCCCCUCGCCCGCCGAUGUGGCCUACGAGGAGGGCCUGGCGCGCCUCAAGAUCCGCGCGCUGGAGAAGCUGGAGGUGGACCGGCGGCUGGAGCGGCUGAGCGAGGAGGUGGAGCAGAAGAUCGCGGGCCAGGUGGGGCGGCUGCAGGCCGAGCUGGAGCGCAAGGCGGCCGAGCUGGAGACGGCCCGGCAGGAGAGCGCGCGGCUGGGGCGCGAGAAAGAGGAGCUGGAGGAGCGGGCGUCCGAGCUCUCGCGCCAGGUGGACGUGAGUGUGGAGCUGCUGGCCUCGCUCAAGCAGGACCUGGUGCACAAGGAACAGGAGCUGAGCCGCAAGCAGCAGGAGGUGGUGCAGAUCGACCAGUUCCUGAAGGAGACGGCGGCUCGGGAGGCGAGUGCCAAGCUGCGGCUGCAGCAGUUCAUCGAGGAGCUGCUGGAGCGGGCGGACCGCGCCGAGCGGCAGCUGCAGGUCAUCAGCAGCAGCUGUGGCAGCACCCCAAGCGCCAGCCUGGGCCGUGGAGGCGGGGGAGGUGGCGCCGGGCCUGGUACCCGGGGUCCAGGCAGAAUGCGAGAACACCACGCAGGCCCGGCCAUGCCUAGCACAUACGCCGUGUCGAGGCAUGGCUCCUCUCCCAGCACAGGGGCCUCCAGCCGUGUCCCUGCUGCAUCCCAGAGUUCAGGCUGCUAUGACAGUGACAGUCUGGAGCUACCCCGGCCAGAAGAGGGGGUCCCCGAGGACAGUGGCCCUGGGGGCUUGGGCACACGGGCCCAGGCAGCCAACAGUGGCUCAGAGCGCACCCAGGCCCCUCGCAGCUCAGGCCUGCGGCGCCAGGCCAUCCAGAACUGGCAGCGCAGACCCCGCCGACACAGCACGGAGGGGGAAGAGGGUGAUGUCUCAGACGUGGGCUCCCGAACCACGGAGUCAGAGGCUGAGGGCCCCUCAGAUGCCCCUCGCUCUGGGCCUGCUAUGGCUGGGCCACUGAGCAGCUGCCGGCUCUCAGCUCGCCCUGAGGGAGGCAGUGGGCGGGGUCGGCGAGCCGAGAGGGGCAGCCCCUCACGUUCCAACGAGGUCAUCAGCCCGGAGAUCCUCAAGAUGCGAGCCGCCCUGUUCUGCAUCUUCACCUACCUGGACACACGCACGCUGCUGCAUGCUGCUGAGGUCUGCCGAGACUGGCGUUUUGUGGCUCGCCACCCUGCAGUGUGGACACGGGUGCUGCUUGAGAAUGCCCGCGUCUGUUCCAAGUUCCUGGCAAUGCUGGCUCAGUGGUGCACGCAGGCUCACUCCCUGACACUGCAGAACCUGAAGCCUCGGCAGCGGGGCAAGAAGGAGAGCAAAGAAGAGUAUGCGCGGAGCACCCGGGGCUGCCUGGAAGCAGGGCUGGAGUCCCUGUUGAAGGCUGCUGGGGGGAAUCUGCUGAUCCUGCGCAUCUCCCACUGUCCCAACAUCCUCACUGACCGCUCGCUCUGGUUGGCCAGCUGCUACUGCCGUGCCCUGCAGGCUGUCACCUACAGGAGUGCCACCGACCCGGUGGGCCAUGAGGUCAUUUGGGCCCUGGGCGCAGGCUGCAGAGAGAUUGUCUCCCUCCAGGUGGCGCCACUUCACCCUUGCCAGCAGCCCACGCGCUUCAGUAACCGCUGCCUGCAGAUGAUUGGUCGCUGUUGGCCACACCUUCGGGCCCUGGGGGUUGGGGGCGCUGGCUGUGGGGUACAGGGCCUGGCAUCACUUGCAAGAAACUGCAUGCGGCUGCAGGUCCUGGAGCUGGACCACGUGUCAGAGAUCACCCAAGAGGUGGCAGCUGAAGUCUGCCGGGAAGGCCUGAAGGGCCUGGAGAUGUUGGUGCUCACAGCCACCCCUGUCACCCCCAAGGCCCUGCUGCAUUUCAACAGCAUUUGCCGGAACCUCAAGUCCAUUGUGGUCCAGAUUGGGAUUGGUGAUUAUUUCAAAGAACCCAGCAGUCCCGAGGCCCAGAAGCUGUUUGAGGACAUGGUGACAAAACUCCAGGCCCUACGACGGAGGCCCGGCUUCUCUAAGAUCCUGCAUAUCAAGGUGGACGGCGGCUGCUAACCCGGGCAGGGGGCGGCAGGGCCCCCGCCAGCCCCACACCAGGCCACUCUCUGUGGACCUCCAGAGGGACCCCGAUUUGGACUAGACCUUUGGACUAGACCUUUGGAGGCAUGGUGUUAUCCCUGGUUUCCAGGGAGGGGUUGACAGUUUCCUGUCCUCCUCCUGGGACCACAGAGCAACAGGCCUGACCCUGGGCACUGCCUCUUCAGGGCAGGGGCUUGGACAGAAGCUGCCCUCCGACCCCUACUCACCCCCAACUGGAGCAUCCUUCUGGGCACAGCCAGCAAGGAGCUGAGUCACCACCAGCACCUGGUGUCAUCGCCCUAAGGACCGGCAGUAACCCCUGAGUGGCUCCUCCAAUGCUCAGGCUAUGGGGGCAGGCCUCCCCUUCCUGACUGGCCUCCGGAUCAGGGGCCUCUGCUAGGCCCCAGCCACAGGGGUGUCCCCACAGCAGCUCAGACUUGGCAAGGAGGGCUCUUUUCCUCCUCCUGCCCAAUCCCAGCCCUCUGGGGGCAUCCCCUUCAGAUAUCCUGCCUAGGCGGUGGGUCCACAUUCCCCGGGGAUAACACGGAUAGGCCUAUGGGUCUGGGAAUGUGGUCAGCCAAAAGUGAGGGGCAGGGGUGCAGCGAGGUAUCAGAAAUGGGCUUGGAAUGGCAAAACACUCAUCUAGAACUUUUCCCCAGGAUAUUGACACCACCACUUCCAAAGGGGGGAAAUUGCCAAGUAGAGAAACCUUAGUUUUUAUUGCUGUAGAAAUGUCCUCCUCCCAGCCACCACAUACCCUCACGACACAUCAGAGCUAAAUUCCGAGCUAAAAGGUGCAUGUUUCUAUACUUCCACCAACCCUAAGCCUCUGAAGGGGCAAGGUCCCAGCUCUGGGAAACCUUAUCAGCAGUGAGAAGCAAUUCCUGUCCUUAAGAAAUGUCUUUCUAAUCCAGGUGCUUGGGCAGCAAUCUCAUGGCCUCUGGGUCCCCAGUGCUGUGGGUGGGAGGGAGUCAUUGGGCUGCCUUCUGUGCUAGGGCCUGAAGGAGACCAGGUGAAGGGUGGUUUGUUUUGCUUCCUUGUCUGGCUAGCUUGCUUGAACGGGUGGCCUUGGUAGGGAACCAGACCCCUGAGGCCAAGGACAAGGAAGAGCACCCUCCUCAGACUUGCCUCCCUCUCCUGUCUUCAAAGGCUCCAUGGGCCGUGGGCAAUGCUGGAGUGCUUCUGCUUAGGGGCAGUGCUGAGGCCUGAGCCAGAGCCACUUGGCUUAGAAGCCACAGAAUACAAGUGAGGGUUUUUCAUGGACUCUUGCACAGUUCCGGCAAGAACAGGUUCUGGCAUUAAGGCUCCAAAGACUCAGGUCUUCCUACUUCCUUUCAGAACUCCCAUAGUAGUAAUAGAGGCCUUAGGUCUGCCAACAUUCACUUGGAAAGUUCUUUCAGACAUUAACCUCAAUCCAUCUUAGGGUUUCCUUCUCUCCUCCACAGGCCCAGCUCUGCCCUAACCAUUAGGUUACUGGUCCUGGUUGGAGCUGGGCUUCUCUAGUUUCUCAUCCCUUUCUAGGGACCUAACUUUCUGCUAUAGCCUGGCUUGGGACAUUAAGACCCAGCCCCAGGUUACCCUGUAAGGGGUCCUUCACACCUGGGAGCCCAAAGGCUCGGCAUCCAGCUCCCCUGGCUCUACACCCAGCUCUGUCCCAGCUCCUGAUGACUUUUCCUCCCGUGGCUUAUUCUGGCCUUGCCCUUGAAGACCCCAGAUACCAAGGCUGUCAUGUUGGCAACUCCCUACCCAGUCCUGCAUGAAGCCUUGGCUGUGUGGCAUCCCCCACUCCAGAGCAGCUGGCUCCCACCUCCCUGUCCCUGUCCCCAGGAGUUGCAGAAAGAAGCACAACUUUUCUCUGUCCUCCAGGGGCCUGGAAGGGAUAUGGGGGUGCCCUGGGUGCAUCUCUCUUGCCUUGCCAACUGCACCCUCUAUACCUCCUGCUCGAGACCCUAGGACCAGAGGUGCUGCCCUCCCCAUCUCCUGGACAAAGCACAAAGGGAUGCUCCACUUGGCCUGAGCCUGCCUUACUGAGGGAUUUUUUUUUUUUCUGCCCCAGGAAGCUUCCAUCCCUGAAUACAAGACUGGGCAAUUUCUCCCUGGGUGGGUACCCACUGGAAUGCCUGGCAUCAGUUCUGGAAAAAGAGGUCAGGGUGCACGGACAGUGAGCUACAGUGGGAGAGAAAGGCUGUGCUAAAAGUGCUGAUGGUAGGAGCAGGUUCAUUCGCCCGGUGAUUCAUUCAUUUGUGUAACAGCCCUGAGCACCACCAGCACUGGGGGCAGAAGAGUGAACAGCCCCCCUCCCCGGUGGCUGGUAGGAAGUUUGGCCAGCAAGUCCCCACCUUCUAUCUCCCAGCCAAGUGUGUGAAGGAUGUGUAGGAGUACAUACCACACAGGCCCAGGCUCUUGCCGAAGGGAAUGAUGGGUUACAGCGUAUUCCACUACACAGCUGCCUUCCCCCCAUCUCCCGGGGCUCACAGACCAUGCAUGCUGAGAACUGGCAAGUUGCAGGCCCUGUGUACCCCAGCUCAAAGCUAAUCUUUUGACUCUCAGGGGGAUGAGCCCUGCUGCUGUAUGGGGAGCUUGUUUGCAGGGAUGUGCCAUUUGUUCACUUUGGCAACCAGGGCAUGGAUGAGGAUAGGGAACAGGCAUGGAGGGUCUAGCCACUGAAGCACCUUAUCCUUCACUCACUCAAAGGAGAAUUCUCCUCCCCCCUCGUAUCUCCCACCUAGUAAGAUGCAAGAGGAAUGUCUGAACAAAUCAAGGCAGGGCUGCUCCAGGGGUCCCAGGCAUGUGUAGAGGUCCCGUGGGCUCCAGCACUUGGGUGUUCCUGUCCUAUGGCCUGGACCUGGCAUCUGGGAGGCUUGGCACAUUUAGUUGAGUACUUCAUCAGGCUUUGGGCUGUCGCCCUCUGGCCCUAGCAGAGAACAAAGGAGAUGGUGUGUAUAUCUGACCCCUGGGGGUAGGAGGUGUGCUACUCAGAACUGUGGCUUUUCACUGGCCAAGAAACCCCCUAAGGACCAAGACCACCCAGGAUUUCCCGGUCCUGUGAGUGGUCUGAGCCAGCCCCUCAAGAAGUGCUUCAAAAGCAAACAAAAGCCACCUCCCUCCCAAGGCCUGCUUCUCCAAAGUUUGGCUCCAUCCUUUGCCUUUGGGUGCUGCCUUGUUCCCCUGGUCCUUUGGGCCACGGGUGGGAAGCUGCCCAGGCCCUAGUUGUCUAAGACGCUAGGCUGAAGACCUUCCCAGUGCGACUACUGGUGCCAAAGACCCAAUUCCUAGUGGACUUGGGGUGAAGACAGCAGAGACCGUGAGUGGGGACAGGGCCUACCUGCCCAGAGGAGUUAACUCAAAUUCAUGUCACCUGUCCAGCCCAUCCGUCCCCAAGGAGAAUUCCCUCCUCCCAGGGGCCUGGCACUUCUCUUUAACCCUGGUAAUCAUGCUUUCUCACCUAGCCUUGUUCCAGGCCUGCAUUUCUGUAUAUACUGCUGUGUAUCGUGUGUACGUAUUUAUUCCUAGACAAGUGUAUUCAUCUGCAGCCUUUGCCUGAGGAUAAGGUUUAGAAUUGGGUGAGGACCGGAAUACCAGGGCCGACUAAGGCAACCAGCUCCUAUUCCUUCCCCAACCCCCCCGGGACCCCAGCCAGUCCCAAGACUGCCCUGACAAUCAGGCAGGCUUCCCCACCAUGAGCCCAAACCUUUGCUGUUGCUGGCAAGGUUCCAGUGGGGGAGGGGCUUGGCCUUGGGCCCCCAGGCUUCAGCUCUGCCCUGGCAGGGUCUUGCAUCCAAGUGCAGAGGCUUGAGGUGACCUAGGCUUGCCUCACAACUGGUACCAGUAGGCUUGGCUCUAGUGGGCACUACUAGCGGGGACCCCCACAACUGGCCCCCAGGUCUGCCUUCCCUACACAGCCAGGCUGCAACAGGCCUGAGCCGUGAGGGUAGCUUCCCUUACCCCAAGCACAUGAGGUGGAGGGGUGGAGAGCAUUUUUUGGUUUUGUUUCUGAAGUGGUGCCUGUACCUCCAGCCCCCAGGGGGCCUUCCCUGGCCCCACUUCUCUGCCCCACCUAGGUGUCACCAUCCCAGCACUUUGCUCCAUGUCAUCCAUAGGUGCCCUCUACUGAAUAUACCUGAGUGUAUUUAAAAGGACUCACAUGGGCAUCAGAGAAUUUAUGACUUUGUAUCUAAUAAAAGAUGGUGAAACUGGACUAUGCCAGGGAA